GGCGUCAUCAGAGCGCGACUGUUCUCAGCGCUGUUUGUUUCUACGCAGUUUCAACGCUGUGCGGAUUUAAUGGAAAUUUCCACUACUUCCGACUUAUCAAAAACACGUAUUCAAAUUAAUUGAAUCUUAUAUAUCGCUCUCUAAACGGGAUCCGGACACUCCGAGGGGAAAAGAGAAUCAGAUUCGUAUCUGCGUUCGUACAGCCACACUUUGAGUGUGUAAUUCUGCUCUUCAGCAGUGACUCAUUACAGAGGUGUAAAUAUCGUCAGGAACAAUCACUAAACUAUCUAUGAUGGAGUAUCACAGCGUGGGGCCCGGGGGUGUGAUGGUCUCGGGUAAUAAUGUACCUGCGUUUCUGACCAAACUCUGGACGCUGGUGGAAGAUCCGGACACAGACCCGCUGAUCUGCUGGAGUCCUAGUGGCAACAGCUUCCAUGUGUUUGACCAGGGCAGGUUUUCCAAAGAGGUUCUGCCGAAAUAUUUUAAGCACAAUAAUAUGGCCAGUUUUGUUCGCCAGCUUAAUAUGUAUGGGUUUCGGAAAGUUGUCCACAUCGAGCAGGGUGGGCUGGUAAAACCAGAGAAAGACGACACAGAAUUCCAGCAUCCAUAUUUCAUCCGCGGACAGGAGCAUCUGCUGGAGAAUAUCAAGAGGAAAGUCACAACGGUGUCAAAUAUUAAACAUGAGGACUUCAAAUUGAACUCUGAAGAAAUGUCUAAAAUGAUCACAGAUGUCCAAUCCAUGAAGGGCAAGCAGGAGUCGAUGGACUCCAAAAUCAGCACCCUCAAACAUGAGAAUGAGGGUCUCUGGAGGGAAGUUGCCAUUUUGAGACAGAAACAUGCUCAACAGCAGAAAGUCGUCAAUAAGCUCAUUCAGUUCCUGAUCACACUGGCACGGUCCAACAGAGUCCUGGGAGUGAAACGAAAGAUGCCCCUGAUGUUGAAUGAUGGCAGCUCCACACACUCCAUGCCCAAAUACUCUCGGCAGUACUCGCUCGAGUCUUCUCCCUCUCUCUCUCCCUCCUCUACAGCUUUCACAGGAACGGGUGUCUUCACUUCUGAAUCGCCUGUCAAGACGGGGCCAAUCAUCUCUGAUAUAACUGAACUGGCGCAGUCCAAUCCUGAGGCCACAGAGGAGUGGAUUGAAGACAGAACAAGCCCACUGGUCCAUGUCAAGGAGGAGCCCUCUAGCCCCGCCCACAGUCCUGAGGUGGAGGAGGUGUGUCCUGUUGAAGUGGAAGUGGAGGUGGGAUCAGGUGUACCUGUGGACAUGCCCCUUUCCCCUAUAACCUUCAUCAACUCCAUCCUCCAAGAGAGCGAGCCUGUCACCGGCCUGACCCCGCCUCCCAAUGACCAGAAGUGUCUGAGCUUGGCCUGCUUGGACAAUUAUCCUCAGAUGUCUGAGAUCUCUCGCCUUUUCUCCAGCUUCUCCGCCUCGUCUCUACACCUCAGGCCUCAUUCCGGGGCAGAACUAAGUGAUCAUCUAGAGACGAUUGACUCUGGGUUAGACAGCCUUCAGCAUAUCCUCAAUGCUCAGUCCAUUAACUUCGAAACCUCGCCUUUCUUUGAUAUUUUCACAUCGUCUUCUAUUGAUAUGGAUCUGGACAGCCUGGCUAGUAUCCAGGACCUUCUGUCACCUGAACCUGUGAAAGAAACUGAAUCUGGUGACUCUGAAAAUUCAGGCAAGCAGCUGGUCCAGUACACGUCUCAGCCCGUGAUUCUUCCCGACCCCGUCAGCACUGAAACCAGUGCCACCGACCUGCCCAUGCUUCUGGAGCUGGAGGGCGACUCGUAUUUCGGGUCAGAACCAGCUGAAGACCUGACCAUCUCCUUUUUUAACUUCCAGUCCCCCGUCCCUGAAGACCCCAAACUAUCAUAGAGAGAGCAGAUUUUCUAAAGGGAUUUAUAUCUGUGUGGGUUUUUAAAAAUUUAUUUUUGGUCAUUUAACACAUCAGGGCUAGCCAUUAGAUUAUUACUCUGGUAUUUCCCUUCACAAUGAGUCUGGGAAAAAUCUCUAAAAAGCAGUAGAGAGAAUUCAGUAUUCCUUCAAAUCCCUCCGUCAUGGAGUUGAAACAUCAAAAUUAGCUUUUAUUUGUUGGCUCAGUAGUUUCCUUGUUGUUCUGGCAGUGAGAAAACCUCAAACUAAAUGUGUAAUGCUACAGAUGUAAAUCUAAAUUUUGCGCCCACGCUUUGUGUGCUUACCAUUUAUUUAUCUUGAUUGGUUUUGCACCAAUACUUUGAGAUCUAUGCUAAGCGAUUGUCUUGCAGUCUGUCACCACUGCAAAACCUCAAGCAUUUAGGAUUUAAGAAUUUAUCGAAUUAUGUUGCGAUUAACCCCAGAUUGUUGUAUUCGACACCCAGGUCUCUAUAAGUAUUCCAAGUAGUCAUCUUCCAGAAGAUUUUCUUUGCAGUAUAUAUUGGAAUGAUGGUUGAAUAUCUCAUUGAUAUUGAAGUUAAAGCAAAAACAAAAACAUAACGUGCACCUUUUAUAGCCAGAAAAUGCAGUUGGUUUAAUCGGACAAACAUGAAACAAGCAUCAAAAAUCAAUGUUGUGUAAACUUGUCCAGCAUCCCACUAACUGUCUUCAAAGCCAUAGCUGUUAGUCAUCAUAUAAGGUCUGAUUUUGGUUAGUGAUGAUGGGUAUGAGUAUGGGUAUGGGUUAAAGGUGCAUAUUUAGAGAUUUUAAUGAAAUCUUUUGUA